CCUUUCUGUGGUUCUGCGACUGCUACAACUGGACAAGAUCCAGCUUCAGUCCAUGGAGCCUCCAAAAGGGUCACAAAGUUGGGUGUUCUUCAAGGGCUCUCAAAAACCUUUGGGUUCAGCAGGGAAGCUGUUCUGCCUCUGAAAAAGCAGAGGCUCCUGCCAAGAUGCUUACUCCUGGCUGCUAUACUGUGGAGACAGUCCAGUUAUCGUAGGGCCUUAGAUGAAAUUGAAAAGGCAUGUUUGAAUCAAGUUGUGCUGAAUACUUUAACUUGAUAAUUUGAAACAUUUAUAUGAUUCUAUUGAAACUCUCAUUUUAGUUGAUGGGGUUGUUUUUGCAAAUAGUUCACAAUUCAGGUCACUUCUGAGAUGGAAAUAUCUUAGAAUUGGUUGUAAAAGCAUUUUUAAAGUAACUUGUGGCUUAUUUACUCUGUCACCAGAUCAUUUCAUGUGCUAAUGCACUGGGAAUGUCAAGCUGUGCUAAUAAGAACAGUUUUCCUUCUAUUUGUUGUUACUCCUAUGUAAAUAUAAUUAAGGCAAAAAGUGUCUGAGUGCCUGAUCACAUGCAUUAAAUUAGCUUCCUUUUUGGCUCCUAAGGCAAACACACCCAGAGAGAUCCAGGGCUUAGGGCAGCACCUUGCCUGCUAGCCCUGAGCCCAUGUCUGUGCUGGUUCUAUGCAGGAAUCAUGGAGUGUGAUUCACUGGGAACUAAGUAUGUGUCUCAUCUUCAGCAUGACAGCAGAUCCAGCAACUGCCUCUGGAAGUACUGUCACGUUUCAUGUUAGGCUUGUGCUGAAGGUUGUGUUGCAGCAAGACUCCAGCAAAUGUGGAGUCUUGGGAAGACUGAAAUUGGAAGAUUUGGGAGUGAGUAUUCCGAAAUUUGUGUAAAAAUUGAGAUUUUUCCACUAUCUGCCAAGAACUCUGUGUUAGUCUUAUGAAAGAAAGGUAUGGACUGAUUUCAAGGGCACGUGUCUGCGUAUCUGGAGAACAUAAGCCAGCAUGACAGCAAAGCUUCCAUGUAGCACAAGGGUGCAAGGCCAAGUGCUGCAGUAAGAGCAUGUGUGAAGACAGAAGCAAGGCUGCAAAAGCCUCCUGAAGCAUGUCCAAGGUCAGGCCCUCUUAAAGAAGACCAGAAGGUCACAUUUGACUUAAAAGAAAUCAUGAAGAUGAGUUUCAUGAGUGACACAAGUGGAGCCAUUAGCAAACUCAUCCAAGAGGAAUCGUCCAUUGAAGGUGAGUGCCUGCACCGCCUCAGUGCAGAGGAGCAGGAGGAGCAGCACAAGCAUUCCUGUUUGUGACACCACUGCAGAGAAACACCUACAGGAAACUUCUGAACUGCUUCACCUUGCUCCUGCAAGCACUCAGCCCUCGGGUGUGUUUGUCACCCUUCAGCAACAGAUGAAGCAGACAGUGACUCCACCAACAUGAGUAUGCAAGAGGUCAGCUUCUCUACAACCAGUGCUGCUCCAGGAGAUUGCUGGGUGAGAAGCAGGUCAAACUGAUUUGAAACAUGGAAUACUUCACACAUGGUCAUUGAGAAAAGCACAACUUGCUGGACACUCUUCACAGAACUUCAACACUCUUUUGGAAUGGUGUUUCCUAACAAGUGUGCCAAAUGUGUCAGCAUGACAAAAGACAGCUAGUCCUAAGGGCUAUAGCUGUUCCUUUGACAUGGUUGGGACAGCCUCCAGAAUAAACUUUCAGCUCCUACUGGCUCCUACUGGAUGUAUCUUUGAGGCUAAGGCCUCUGCAAAGUAACAAAAUCAGAGGAUAUUUGGAACUAUAUCUGUGCUGUGUAGAAUCCAGCAAUAAAUUAUUCCAAUACAAAAGUCCAAUAGAGUUAAUAGAGCAUAUAAACUGUCUAUUAAGUGUCAUCAUAUUUAAUUUGCUGCAAUAACCUGGAGAUGUCCAGGUUUCAGCCUCCCUUUUGCAACCACCUCUGAGAAAUGCUGUGCCAGCUGAGCAGUGUCUGUGUCACCAGCAUCUGUGCAUCAACAGGCAGUGCAAUGCUUCCAGAGCUUUUGGCUGCUUCUCAUCUUCAAUUAUGGUCCCGAUGUGAAGCAGUGCCCUCAGCACAAUGGGGAGAGCCACAAGGGACCUAUGGCCUGGUCAUCCCCACAAAGAGUGGGCAUGGAAGAGGGAAGACCCAGCCUUUGGCCACCCCCAGAUACAGCCUCUUAUCUAAAAAAACUUUCCUAGGAAAACAAUGAACAAUUAAUUUCUUCUUUCCAGGAAGAAACCUGGAAGCUUUUUUGCUGCUCCGUUGAAUAUGGGAUUAUAAAAAAGUUUUUAAAAUUGCACAUAGAGCAUCUCUUUCAAAUGGAUAACUUCUGAACCUGGAACUCUUCAUUACCAACUUCUUACAUCCUGGAGGGGAAAAUGAAUUUCACAAAUUGCACCACUGAAGCCAGUGAGGCUGCAAAGCCAAAGACAGUAACUGAAAAGAUGCUCGUUACCCUGACCUUGGCCACAAUCACAACCUUGACUAUGCUGCUGAAUUCUGCUGUAAUUGCAGCAAUCUCCACAACCAAGAAGCUCCACCAGCCGGCAAAUUAUCUCAUAUGUUCACUGGCUGUGACAGAUCUCCUUGUUGCUGUUCUCGUCAUGCCCUUGAGCAUCACUUACAUAAUGAUGGAUAAAUGGACUCUGGGGUACUUCAUCUGUGAGAUCUGGCUCAGCGUCGACAUGACCUGCUGCACGUGCUCAAUCCUUCAUCUGUGCGUCAUCGCGCUGGACAGGUACUGGGCCAUCACAGACGCCAUCGAGUACGCCAGGAAGAGAACGGCAAAAAGGGCCGGGCUGAUGAUAGUCACCGUGUGGACCAUCUCCGUUUUCAUAUCAAUGCCCCCCCUGUUUUGGAGAAACCACCGCAGCGUCAGUAUUCCCAGCGAGUGCCGCAUUCAGCAUGACCAUGUCAUCUACACUAUUUAUUCCACAUUCGGGGCAUUUUACAUCCCCUUGACUUUGAUCCUGAUCCUGUACUACAGAAUUUACCACGCUGCAAAGAGCCUUUACCAAAAGCGGGGUUCAAGCCGCCACCUCAGCAACAGGAGCACCGACAGCCAGAACUCUUUUGCCAGCUGCAAGCUCACACAGACGUUCUGCGUCUCGGACUUCUCCACGUCUGAUCCAACCACAGAGUUUGAUAAAAUCAACGCAUCCGUGAGGAUCCCUCCUUUUGAGAAUGACUUGGACCUGGCUGGCGACCGGCAGCAGAUCUCCACGACACGAGAACGAAAGGCUGCUCGCAUCUUGGGGCUGAUUUUAGGUGCUUUCAUUUUGUCCUGGUUGCCCUUUUUCAUCAAGGAGCUGCUUGUGGGCCUCCACAUUUGCACUGUCUCUCCAGAAGUAGCAGACUUCUUGACCUGGCUUGGGUAUGUCAACUCGCUCAUCAACCCUUUGCUGUACACGAGCUUUAACGAGGAUUUCAAGCUGGCCUUUAGAAAGCUCAUCAGGUGUCGAGAACAUACUUAAAAGUACUGAGAGAUGAUGAUGCUGGCAUGACUCCUGGCCUUAAAAAUGAGCAAAAUGAUUUGACUCUGCCACUGUUUCCCUUGAUAAAGGGGAUUUUUGUGUUUGCGUAUCUUCUUGACUGUUCUUCAGCCUGUAAUUCAUUAUGCCAUUUUUUAAUCUCUAGUGAAAUUCGUAGUAAAAGGUUUGAAAUAAAUUUAUUCUACAAAGGAAAAGAUUUUUUAGAAAUGCAACAACAAAAAAUAUCACUAGUAUUAGGUACUCAUGUCUCUAAGACAUUUUGUGUAAUCAAUGAUUCAAGAAGAAAAAACAAAAUUCACUUUUAUACUUUUUCCAUUUAAGAAUCAAACAUCGAAAUUAUGUACUGUAUGAACUAAACCCCAUAAAUACAUAUUCAAAAAUUAAUAAACACUUCAUGAUCAUGACAGCUAAACAGCAUCUCUUUACUACAGCGUUGUGAAAAAGCUGUAACAGCCAUUUAGGAGGAAAAUUACCACCAUUUCCACCUUGGGUUGAGGCAGAGUAAACUAUUCCUUUUUUCAGAAAUACACUCCCAAAACAGAAAGCAAAGUUCAGUUCAUUGCAUCUAGAAAUGAUCCCAUUUCAUAACCCAAAGGCAUUUUUUAAAGUGUCUCUCUUUGUGUAAUAUUCCAGAUUUACAUUCAAGGUAUUGGGCAGACAGCUGUGAGGUUGUUCUGCAAUUGAGAGGAUGCAGCUAGCAAGUGUCAUAUUUGUGAAACUAACUGCACAUCUGGGCAGUCACACUUCCAAUACCACUAACCCUAUUUCUUCAGGCCUUGUGCCUCAGUCAGUUCUGGGGUGGUAUUUUUCACUUGUGCCACACUUCACCUGAAUGUUGUGGUGCACAACCCCAAGGAUCUAUGGAUCUUACCCCCACCAAGUCAGACAACUGGAUAUCGUCUCAGCAGGCCAGCUAUAUACAGAAAUUCAAAAAUAUCAGUUAAACCUAAUUAUUUCUGAAUAUCAGGGAAAAAAUCAGUAAAAUAAUUUAUUUUAAAUAGCAGUCUGCACAUAUGCCUUGUUCUCAUCUCAGAAUUUCCAAUGGCCAUCUUGCCCACCUAACCUAUGGUCAUGUGCUCUGGUAGGAUUUCUUGCUCUGGGAGUCCUUCACAGACCUAUUUCCCUUGUCCUGAGAGACAAAAAGUCCUUUGUAUCCUAUCUUUUCUGCUUAUGGAAGUUAAAAUUUUCUGAUUCAAAUGAAUUGUGGAAAUCAGUCUGGGAAGAGGCAAAAUCAAAGCUGAGAAUUUGGUAUUGUCCAUUUGAAACUCCUAAGCAUGAUUUAAAUAUUUAUUACCACCUUGCACCCUUUUCUUCCCUGUCGAUUUUUCUGGACAAAUUCUUUUUGAAUUACACCAAUACACAACAAAGGCAACACCACAUAUGUCAACCUGACAUCCAAUAACUGUGAAAACUAUAGUAUGGCAGCUCCAAAUCCAUCAAAACAAAUACUAGAGGUAGCAAAAGUGUUGUAACAGCACUGGAAGCCAUCUCUGAAAAAUGUUUUGGAAAUUUACAAGAUGACAAUCAUUUUUCUUAUCAAGAGUCAAGGAAGUGUAAGUAAUAUGUGGGUAAUAAACUGCAAAUGGAACUGGGAAAUGACAUCCUUAUUGGUGAGAGAAAGCAUUUGGCUGGAAAGACGCAGUGCCACAAGCUGAGUGCAAACCAAGUCUGAAGGUGACAAAAGGGUGACCUGCUGCUUACCCACAUGCAGUGGGAUUCUUCUUCCAGGACUCCCUGCCUGAGUUUGAGGUCCAACUCCAGCUGUCCUUCUGAAGCUACUGUUGCAGUUGCCUCCAGCAGAUACCUUUGGAUUCCCUACUAGCAAACAAUAAUACCUAAAAAGAGAGGAAAAUUAUGUCAGCCACUAAAAAUUUCUUUUAGUGAGGAAGUACAGAUAUCUGUUAUGGUUUUUCCUUUUUGCAGCUUGUUGGAGGUGGAAAUUGUUGAUUGGAAUCAGGGAAGUGUGUCCUGACCCUGUCUAUCAACAAAGCUUCCAAAGCAGCUCCCCAGGGUUGAUAUGCUACUAAGAAAAAA